AUGGGAUCCGUCGGCAUUGAAACGGCCAGAGGCUUCGUCCCGCCGACGACCCACCGCGCCAUCAUCGCCGAGGCAGGCGACCGGAUCGUCAUCCGCGAAGACACGCCUCUCGCUCCGCUCCAGAGCCACGAAUUCCUCGUCCGCACCGAAGCCCUGUCGCUCAACCCCAGCGACACCAAGAUGCGGGGCGACUUCGUCACGCCCGGGGCGAUGCUCGGGGCCGACUACGCGGGGACGGUGGUCGCGCGGGGCGCGGGCGUCACGGCCGUCGAGAUCGGCGACCGCGUCUGCGGCGCGCAGUACGAGAUGAACGCCAAGAGACCCUUGCGCGCCGCCUUCGGCCAGUUCAACAUCCCGACGGGCCCGUUCUGGCUCAAGCUGCCCCCGUCGGUCAGCACCGAGGGCGGCGCCACCGUGAGCGCGGCCAUCGGCACCGCGGGCCUCGCGCUCGACAGGCUCGGUCUGCCCCUCCCGGACGCGCCCGUCACAAAGCCCGCGCACGUCCUUGUCUAUGGCGGCGGGACGGCCACGGCCACCAUCGCCAUCCAGCUACUCAAACUUGUCAAUAUGAUCCCCAUCACGGCGUGCUCGCCGGUCCACAACGAGCGGCUCAAGUCCUACGGCGUCGAGGCGACUUUUGACUACCAUGAAUCCGACUGUGCGAGUCAGAUAAAAUCCUACACGCGAAACAACCUCCGCUACGUGCUCGACUGCAUCAGCACCGUCGAAUCCACGACGCUCUGCUUCGCGGCGCUCGGCCGCGCGGGGGGCAAAUACGUCUCGCUCGACCCCUUCGACACGGCCGUCGCGGCGACUCGCGCCGUCGUCAAGACCGACUGGGUCCUGGGCCCGAGCCUCUACGGCGAAGGGUGCGUGUGGCCGCCGCCGUACGCGCGGGCGCCGAGCGCCGAGGAUCUCGCCUUGGGGGAGAGACUGUGGGCGAUCGCGCAGAGGCUGUUGGAUGAGGGCCGCUUGAGGCAUCAUCCGGUCAGGACACUCGAGGGGGGUUUGGAGGAGGUGUUGGUGGGGAUGGACAUGGUUAGGAAGGGCGAACUGAGGGGCGAGAAGUGUGUGGUUAGGUUGACUUCGUGA